AUGUGCGUGAGCAAGUACUUUCAAUCUAUCAUCUUGGAUGCUCGUUUUCUGAGAAUGCAUCUUGAAAAUUCACGCAAAAGGACUCAUUUCUUGUUAAGUUACUUAAGCGAAGGUAAAACUUCGGGCUUUCUGAUUCCCUUACCUAUAAGUUCUUUGUUGGAAGAUUCAACACCCUUGUUUAAUGCUGAUAUUAUCAAUGGAUCUAAGCCUCAGAGGGAGAUGUAUAAGGUUAUUGGUUCAUGCAAUGGCUUGGUCUGUUUGACUAAAUGGAACCGAAUGCUACCCGACAUACUUUACUUAUGGAACCCUGCUACAAAAGCACUAAUUCAAAAUCCAUAUCCUCCACAUUCCGAACAACUUUCAUUAAAACUUCAUGAGAAAGAAAAUGUUGUUAUGGUGGGGUUUGGCUAUGAUAAUUCAAGGCAUUCCUACAAAGUGGUUGCAAUAUUUGGCCAUAUGAUGGAUUUCGAAGGUGAUACUCAUCCUUUUAGAUCAGUAAUUUGCAACCUGAAUGACAAGAUAGGUUGGAAAGACAUUCAAGAUUUUCCCGUUGAUCCUACUGCAAUGAAAGGUAAUGGAAUAUACCUAAACAACACUCUUAACUGGUUAGGGUCACCAUAUUGUAACAUCUAUGACGAAGAUGGCAGUUAUAUUUCAUUUGAUGAAGUGGUGAUAGUUUCGCUUGAUCUUGAGACUGAGAUAUACAAACAGAUAUUGCUUCCCCCCAAACUUAAUGGGGUGUCUGUAGGAGAUUUUUGCUUUCGUGUUGGAAAACUCCAUUGCAAUGAAGCUCCACUUAUAGGAGUUUUGAGUGGUUGUUUAAGUCUUUUUCUUCAUAAUCGUAAGAAAAAACGUCUAAGUAUAUGGCAGAUGAAGGAGUUUGGGAAUCAACAAUCUUGGACUCUCUUGCUGAAUGUAUCUCUUCGAGAUAUUGGAUUUAAUACCAUACGAUCACCUACGAAUUUCGGUUAUGAUUAUUACCUAUGGACCUUAGAAAAUCAACAUUUUUCUUGCAGUUAUAGCAAUUUUCUACCUCUGUGCCUGAUUGAGAAUGAUCGUGACAUCGUGAUCAUUCACGGUUCCUUUCAAGGUUGUGUGAAGCAAACAAUAGUUUAUAAUCUGAGAGAUAAGACAAUGACUUCCAAAAAGAUGGUUCACAACUUACGUUGGAUCUAUCCUUUGGAUUAUGUCGAAAGCUUGGUUUCCCCUCUAUUAGAUUAG